AUGUCCUUCGGCAAGGCGGACAUGAGCAAGGAGGGCAUGUACCAGGAGCGCAAGGACGCGCCGGCCACACGGUUCGCGACGCCGCCGCCGAUGCACCACCGCCAUGCCGGCCACGGUGACCAGCAGCAGCAGCAGCUGGAGUGCUUCUCUGAUGAGGUGGACAGCCGGGGUACCGCCGAGAUGAAGGAGCCCGGGGGCAGUGCGGCCGGCUCCCAGCUCGUUUCAGGCGGCGGCGUUGGCGACGGGUCGAGCAUCGAGGUGGCCAAGAAGCGGAGGGGGCGGCCGCCGGGGUCCAAGAACAAGCCGAAGCCGCCCGUGGUGAUCACGCGGGAGGCGGAGCCCGCGGCGGCGAUGCGGCCGCACGUGAUCGAGAUCCCCGGGGGCCGCGACGUCGCCGAGGCGCUGGCGCGCUUCGCGAGCCGCCGCAACCUCGGGAUCUGCGUGCUCGCGGGCACCGGCGCCGUCGGCAACGUCUCGCUCCGCCACCCCUGCCCCACGGCGCCCGGUGCUGCCCCGGCCGUCGUCGUCUUCCAGGGCCGGUUCGAGAUCCUCUCCAUCUCCGCCACCUUCCUGCCCCCGGCCAUGGCCGCCGUGGCGCCCCAGGCCGCGGCCGUCGCUGCCGGGCUCUCCAUCUCGCUCGCCGGCCCGCACGGCCAGAUCGUCGGCGGCGCAGUCGUGGGCCCGCUCUACGCCGCGACAACAAUCGUCGUCGUCGCCGCCGCCUUCACGAACCCCACCUUCCACCGCCUCCCCGCCGACGACGACGCGCCGAUGCCCGUCUCCGUGUCGCUCUGCGGCAGCGCGGACGCGGAUGAACACCGCGCCCGUCAGCACCAGCCGGAGCCGCAAGAGCAGCGUCACCAACGGCGGCAGGCGCCGCACUUGACCCCGUCGGCAGCACAGCCCGUGGAACCUUGUGGCGUGCCCGUCUACGCCUGCCAGCCGCAGCCGCAAGAAGUGAUGUGGCCGCUUGCUGCUCGCGCGCCGCACCAACCGCCACCGCCGCCGCCGCCGCCGUACUGA